UCUUUCAACAGCGACGCCUCGACGGUUGCUCCAACAGUGUAGCAUUCCACCGAAGGCCGACACUACGGUCGAAGACUUCUUCUCUGAAGUGCCACUACCUCAGUCUUUCACAAACUCUUGGCAGGUGAAAAAGCAUUUGGAGAUUGAAAGUACAACAAAAAAAGGCGCUAAAUAAUAAAUAAGCUAAAUAAUGCCUAAAUUCUGUGCAAAUUUAUCGCGAUUGACACAGAUUUUGUGAAGUGUUUCUGUAGUGAUAAAAAUGCAGAAUCUUCUUAAUGGAAUACCAGUGAUAUUUCUUCUUCUUCUGCUGAAACUUGCAGCAGCGGAAGAAAAUAAGACACAGGAUUUGUUCAAGAGCUCAUCAUGCCUGGAAAAGCCCUACCGUUGUCCCCAUCCCAAAAUAAACUUCUACCUCUACACCCGACGAACCCAAGAGAACCCUGAUAGGAUCAACGUUCUGAAUCCUGAAUCUUUCUACUACACCCACUUCAAUCCUACACAUCCCACAAAGAUUGUUAUUCAUGGAUUUGGCGGUGGAAGAAAUUUUUCUCCAAGUCCAGACAUCCGGAAGGCAUAUUUUACCCGUGGUGAGUACAACAUCAUAAUUGUGGAUUACAGUUCUGCUGUGCGAGAACCGUGCCUCAGCCAGAUGGAAUGGUCACCUAGAUUUGGUAGCCUUUGUAUUGCUCAGCUGGUGAAAUAUCUGGCCAAUCACCCCCGAGGUGUCCAGCCGGAUGAUUUGCACUUGAUUGGGUACAGUGUUGGAGCUCACUUCGCCGGUCUUGUGGCCAACUACCUCAGUCCGGAAGAAGGGAAACUGGGUCGGAUAACAGGGCUAGAUCCUACGAUCUUCUUCUAUGCAGGAAGCAACAACAGUCGCGACCUUGACCCAUCAGAUGCGCACUUUGUUGAUAUAAUUCACACAGGUGCGGGUAUUCUGGGUCAAUGGAGUCCAAGUGGACAUGCUGAUUUUUACGUAAACGGUGGUACAAGUCAGCCAGGAUGUGCAACGACCAGCUUAUUUGACACUUUGGCUUGCGAUCACACCAAAGUCACCCCCUAUUUCAUCGAGUCCAUCAACAGCCCUAAGGGCUUUUAUGCUGGACCUUGUCCGAAUCUACUAAGUUACUUAUUAGGAUGGUGUGAACCAAAGGAUUCCGAAUAUGUUCUCAUGGGUGAACAUGUUAGUCACGAAGCCAGAGGUAUCUACUAUGUGACUACAAACGCCAAACCACCCUAUGCUCGGGGCUUUCCUGGAAAGGGGCGCAGGUCUUCACGAAAUGGGGUUUAUGCUGGGUUGAAGUAGACAUUUUAAAAUACAAAAAGUUGAGCUUCAUAGAAAUGGUUGUGAUUAAAAUAGGAAAAUUUUGAAACAGUGUCUUUAGUAAUUAUAUAGGUUUUAAUUGGAUGUGAGAAUAAAAUUCUUGUAACAGUA